AUGGAAGGGACUAAGGAGUUACAUCCACUUGCGCGCUCAUGGACGUUCUGGGUUGACGACUUUGCCAUAAAAAAUGCAAGUAUGGAGGAAUUUGAGAAGAAUUUGAAAACAAUCGGCACAUGCCACACGAUCGAAGGGUUUUGGAACCUAUUUGGGACUCUCCCAUCAAUAGAGCUUCUUCAAGACAAGAAGAUCACUAUUCAUUUUAUGGAAAAUGGAGUCAAGCCUUUGUGGGAGGACAAGAAGAAUAUUAAGGGUGGGACAAUAACAGUUAAGUGUCCCAAAGAAGAAACUGCAAUUAUCUGGAAAGAGCUUCUCGUUUUGGUCAUCUCGAACAAAGACUGCGAAACUAUUCACAAAGGAAAAAUAAAUGGUGUUUCUGUCUCGAUGAAAAAAGCAAACAACUUAAUUGGCAUUUGGGUCGACACCAAAGACAGCAAUUUCAAAGACAACGUCAUAAAGUUCAUAGUCGACUACUUUCCUGUACUUGAUGAGGGUGAUGUGGGCUGGAAAGAGAACGCAGAGCACAUUACAGACAACCAAAUAUAG